AUGGCGAUACUGAAAGCUUUCCAUUCACAAGCUGGUCACGUUGCAGGGCUGCGCAUGAGAGCCAUCCUUGCUUGGCUUUGCCUCCUGCCUGCCUUGCGGCUAAAGGCUGAAGACCUAGACUCCAACUGCAAUCUCUCGGAGUCGGAAGGGGCUGAUCUGGCCCUCUUGCAGUCGUCGAAGCUCCAUGACUCCAGCCGCUCCCAGGCGCGUCUGGAGGCGCUGCUGCAACGGGCAAGUGAGGCCUGCCCUAAGGCAACUGAGGAGUGCCUCUUGAUUCUGAGCGAUGUGCGGGACAAGGUCUGGCCAAGGGUGCAGGAGGAGGCGAACUGGUCGCAGCCUGCUUGGCAUCCUGCAUGGACGGACACUGAGGAGGCAAAGGGAGACGUAGGCUGCUCUCAGAAGAAGCAGACCAUGUACUAUCGCCAUACCUGGAAGGCAGCUGGCCACACUGUCUUCGAAAAUCUGAAGCGCAUCAGCACCCACUGCAACUCAACCUUGGAAGGCCGGUGGUACCCGAGCUGGUGCCAAGACUACAACGCCGCGGACGGUAAAGAUCACGUGGCCUUCACCUUUGUCCGAGAUCCAAUCUCACGGUUCAUUUCUGCGUAUGCAGAAAUCGAGGGGAGAAUGCGCAGGCAUCUUUACGUUGGUCUGCGCAAAAAUCUGAGCACAUACGAGCCAGGGAGUACUCAGCGAGCUGCAAGAUUCUUUGAGGAGUUCUUGCGGACGGGCAUCCACCGAGAUGGUCACCUAAAGGGCCAGCUCGAGUUCAUGGCCCCCAUGUUUAACUGCUCGGUGCCCAUGGACUUCAUAGGCAAGACUGAGAGCAUGCAGCAAGACUGGAAGAGGCUCUUCAGCCGCGCGGGUCUGAAGUGCCUUCCUGCCUUCGACAGAUCGCUGGGCUUGCACCCGAACGACGAGCAUGACCAGCGGGCUAUGGAAGCAUCCCUGGGACUGGCAGAUAGCGAGAGCGCGGGCACGCCUGCAUUGCUGCAGACAUCUGCUAUCAUGCGCUCCAUGCAAGUAGCCCUCAAGGAGAACGGGGCGAGAUACUUGCGAGCCUUGUGCUGGCUGUAUUUGGCAGACUUCGCUGCCCUGAAUUUUGAGCUUCCCCUCGAGUGUCAGCAGGGUCACUUGAAAAGCACGCUGCUCGCCGUGAAACCCAGUCUGCUGCUGCAGCGAGGUAGCUGA